GACUUUAACGUUGUCAAUUGACGUUGAUGUGCCGAGAGUAAAAGGAAUCAGCGUCAGAGCAGUUUCACAAAGUUGUGUAGGAAAACCUGCUGCCAAAGCACAUUUUCACUGUUUACCAGUGUACUGGGUGCCCUCCCUGGCACACCCAACUGUAUUACCAUCCUUAGUGGAUAGUGAGUGAAAAAUAGCAGUCAAACAUGAUCGGAUCACUAUUUCACAUCCUAGCUCAAAUGCCAGGGAGUGGACUUGACCCGCUUGGUCAGUAACAGUACAGCGUUAGCUAAUAAAGAGCAUGCAGCCACAGUUCUCUGAAAGUCUGUCAUAAUCCACUUUUGAAAUAUGUUAAAACCAAGCGUGAGUUUCAUGGCUGUCUGAGACAUUCUUCAUUGCCGCAUAAAAACUCGGAGGUGAUCUGAGGGAGCGUCAGUCGCGAAGUGGGCUACACACAAAGAGAAGCCGAGAGAGCAGCUGUUCCUGUAAACUAAAAAACAAACCCAGUAUUUUACACAACAUGAGAGCUGCAUCUUACACCCAGAAGAGCCUGCAGGUUAGCGGCUCCAGCGGCAGAGUAAGGGUUCAGAGCCCGUCACCUUCCCGGUGCCGUGGAUCCUCCUAUGACAGCCGUGGGCGCUCCGGUUAUCGCAGCACUGCUGUUGAGUUGGGCACAGAGAUCCACCAGCAACAUGCCAACGAGAAAGAGGAGAUGCAGGAACUCAACGUCAAGUUUGCAGGAUACAUCGAGAAGGUCCAGGCACUAGAGCAGAGAAAUGCCGCUCUUCAAGCUGAGCUAGCUGCACUGCAGGGCCGCUACAAGGGAGGCCCCACAGGCAUCGGAGAAGAAUAUGAGCUCAAGUUUAAAGAGGUGCGGGAGCUGAUUGAGGCCCUGACUAAUGAGAAGGGAGUAGCUGAUAUUGAACGAGGCUACAUUGAAGAAGAGGUUGAAGUUUGGAGACUAAAGCUGGAGGAGGAGCUAGCACUCAAAGAAGAGGCGGAGAUGAUCCUGAGUGAGUUUCGCCAGGAUGUCGACAGUGCCACUCUGCAGAAGGCUGAGCUGGAGAAGCGUAUAGAGCAACUAGUGGCCGAGAUAGAGUUCCUCAAGAAGCUGCAUGAUGAAGAGGUGGCUGACCUCAUGAAGCAGAUCGAGGACUCAAAGAUUACCGCGGAGCUGGAUGGCGAUCGGCCUGACCUGGCUGCUUAUCUGCGCAACAUGCGUGCAGAGAUAGAAUCGGUCGCUGCCCGCAACGUCCAGGAAGCUGAGAAGUGGUACAAGAGCAAGUUUGACACCCUCAAGGAGCAUGCUGGCAAACACGAAGAGCAAAUGAAAACCAUGAAAGACGAGAUCACGACCUUCCACAACCAAGUGACAGAGCUGCAGAACCAGAUUGAUGGGAUGAGGGCUCGCAACGCAGCCCUGGAGCAACAGCUGGAGGACAUGGAGAUGUCCCACAUGGAUAAGGUGGGGACCCUCGAGGGUGUCAUUGCUCAGUUGGAGGCCCAGCUCUGCGAAACCAAAUUAGAGAUGACCAAGUAUCUCCAAGACUACCAGGAACUGCUGCACAUUAAGCUCAAGCUGGAUGCGGAGAUCGCCACUUACAGGAAGCUGCUGGAGGGAGAGGAGAAUAGGCUUGGAAUUGCCAAAGAUGUCUAAAUAUCCAGGAUGAGAGGAGGGUCCAAAGCCGCCACAGAGAAGACCAGCAGAGCAUUGUGGAGAAUUCUUCCCUAUCUCACCCGAUUCUUCCCCUUUACUCUUCUUACUCUAAGGGGCUGGGUAUUGUUUGGAAUGUUUCGAUACCAGUGCCGGUUUGACACCUGAGUUUCAGUACAGAUGCUAAAAUGAAGCUGACUUUGAGAAAUAUGUUUUAUCUACAAAACUUUUUUUUCAAUUAACAAACGGGGAUAAUGAUAUAAAAUUUAAAAUGUCUAAACACGGUAUAUAAGUAUAAUAUUCUAAAAUUGUAAUAAACUGAGGGGAAAACGCAUGCCUACUCUUGUGAAAUGCUGGCUUGAAGGCAUUCAUUCCCUCCAAAAUUUGGAUUCUAAUCAGGAAGUGUCUGAUCAAAUAAAUAAGUAAACAAGAUUACAAAUCUGACCAAACGUUUGAUGCCAGCCUUCUGUACUCGACAGUAAGGGACACUCUGUGUUACACAAGUAUUGAGGUUUGAUACUCAGCCCUUCUUAACCUAUUGCUUACCUUGCCACACCCUGACCUCAUCAUCCUUACGUCUUUGCUUACAGUGUCUGCUUGCCUCCCUAUUUCUCCCAGUCGUUUGUACUUCCAAUCUUACAUCACUUUCUCAAAACAACCCUGUCCUCCUCCUUUCCUAACCAGCUCUACCAGCAGUACCCCCUGGUUCCUUUUUGUGGGCCUUAGGUCUCCUUAGUUAACUUCUUUUCCUUUACUCCUUUUCCUACAACACCCUUGCAGAAUUCACCAUCCCUUUUUUGCCAAAUCAACUCCACUACAUCUUUCACCAUUUGUGUCAAUUUCCUUUGCUACAUCUGCUCACUUUUUGCAGCCACUGUUUCUCUUGAUCCAACUUUAGGAUCCCAUUACACCCCUUUACAAAAAACACCUUUGUCCUGCAGUGAUGUGUCACAUCUCAACCUAAACACAGCAGAACCGAUAUCAUCCGAGCUUUGCUUGGUCUUUACAGUACCCCCUGAUUAUUCCAAAUGUUUUGACAAGACACAACCAUUGACCAUUUAUUCUAAU